UUCAGCCGGAGGGUUCCUGCAGCUGACGCGCUCUGGGUUCUCUGGAAGGGAGGGCGGGGAGCCUGGACCUUGCCGGCUCUAGAGGGGGAAGAGACUUGGGCAAAGUCUAUGGAGUGUCACUUCCGCGGAGGAAUGGAGUGGGGCGGAAUGGAAGGGAUCCUAACACCCAGGGAAUCGGCUCGAUUCAUUGCAGAAAACAGUCGAGAUGUGUGCGUCGACAGCGGGGGGGUGCGACGCGUGGCCGAGUUGCUGCUGGCCCGCGCCGCGGGGCCGGAGUUGCGGGUGGAUGGGUGGAAGGCCCUGCACGAGUUGAAUCCUAGGGCGGCCGACGAGGCCGCUGUCAACUGGGUGUUCGUAGUAGACACGCUCAACUUCUCCUUUUGGGCGGAGCAGGAGGAGCACAAGUGCCUGGUAAGGUAUGGAGGCAAAACCUACAGCGGGUAUUGGUCCCUGUGCGCCGCAGUUUACCGAGCCCUGGACGAAGGCAUUCCAAUAACAAGCGCCUCCUACUAUGCCACAGUGACUCUUGAUCAGGUUUGGAAUAUAUUCCGUUCGGAUUCAGACGUUCCCAUGCCUUUAAUAGAAGAGAGGCAUCGGAUUCUCAAUGAAACUGGAAAAAUUCUGCUAGAGAAGUUUGGAGGCUCUUUUCUUAAUUGUGUCAGAAAAAGUGAAAAAAGUGCCCAGAAGUUAAUGCACCUGGUUGUUGAAAGUUUUCCUUCUUAUAGAGAUGUAACUCAAUAUAAGGGGAAAAGAAUUUCUUUUUACAAACGAGCCCAGAUUCUUGUGGCAGAUACGUGGAGUGUAUUAGAAGGAAAAGGAGAUGGCUGCUUUGAGGAUAUCUCUAGUAUCACCAUGUUUGCUGAUUAUAGAUUACCUCAAAUUCUUGUUUACCUUGGUGCCCUAAAAUACUCUGAUAAACUACUGAAGAAGCUUCUGGAUGGAGUAAUGCUUUCAUAUGGGGAUAAGCAAGAGGUGGAAAUCAGAGGGUGUACAGUUUGGUGUGUUGAGCUGAUCCGGGAUUGUCUUCUAGAGCUUAUUGAAAAAAGUGGUGAAAAACCCAAUGGAGAAAUCAAUUCCAUUCUUUUGGAUUAUUACUUAUGGGACUAUGCUCGUGAUCAUAGGGAAGAUAUGAAAGGAAUUCCAUUUCAUCGCACACGUUGCAUAUAUUACUGACUCCAAG